AAAAAUCUUUUAAGGUCACUACAACUGCAGAAUCUGUCAAAAGUAGCGUUCUUCUGUCACUAAAGUUUGAUUGUGAAUAUGAGAAGUUUGUAGUUGUAAUCAUGUUAAUUUUAUCUAUUUUAUCUUGAGUGUGUGAUUUUGGGUUGUUCUAAAUACAUUCUGGUUGUGGAUAGACCAAUCAGUGUAUAAAAGUGCUUAGUGCAGUUAUAUUCGACCUUCCUUUGUCAGGAACUGAACAAAGCCUUCAGCUCUUUGUUUGUAAACAAAAUUUAUAUCUUCAAAUUUUUGUGAAUUCGUUACAUAAAUAUAAGGGAAUAAAUUUGUCCUUAAAUUGUGAGAGAAUAUCUGUAAUGUACCCAUUCUAUUCAGAAGAUAAAAUUACACAGAGAAUAUCAGGUUUCAACUUGCUGCACUCGAGAAGAAAAGGAAUAUUCCUUCACCCUAAAAUAAUGUUCAAGAACUUUUGGGUUUUGCCUUUAAGUCGAUGUAGUAUUUCACCAAUAACAAGGCCGUAUUAAGUGACUAAAAACAUUUCAACUCAAGUACCUGUGUUAGGCUAAGUUGUAAUUUUCAAUACUGAAAAUAUUUUAAACGUUAUUGAUCACUUCCCGUGGCUUAAGUUUACUGUAUUGUGGCUGUGAUAAGAAUAUAUUUCAAAAUGAAGCUGUUGGAAAGUUCACGCUUUGAAGCCUUGAAUAGUGCACUUGUUAUAAAUUCAGGUGACUGCAAAAUAUUUGGAAGGGUGGAAAGCUACUCAUGUAAGAUGGCUGGAAAUGAGAAACAGAUGUACAAGAAGUUCAAUGCCGAACAGGGCAUGAAUCCAAAUGAUCUUCAGGCACUCAGCCCUCCCCAGACAGGUGUCUCCCCUGGCCAAGGGCUGUACAGCCGAAGUGUGUCCGGUGACGAGGAAGGUCCCCUCUGUGACACUAUCAGCCGCAAGACGCUAUUCUACUUGAUCGCCACACUCAAUGCUACUUUCCAGCCCGAUUAUGACUUUUCCGAUGCUAAGAGCGACGAGUUCAGCAAGGAACCAAGCCUACAGUGGGUGACGAACUCUGUGGACAUCAACCUCAGUGCCACAGCCGGGGAGCAUUACCGCAAGAUGAGGGCUCACCUCUGGGCAGCCAUUGACGACGAGGUCAACAUGAGCGAUUGCGAGAUAUUCAGUUACAACCCUGACCUGACGUCAGACCCAUUCAGUGAGGACGGCUGUAUCUGGUCGUUCAACUACUUCUUCUACAACAGGAAACUGAAGCGCAUUGUGUUCUUCACUUGCAGAGCUGUCAAUCCCAUAUACGUCCUGGACUCGGGUAUUGGCAGUGAUUUUGCCAUGGAUGAAGACGAAGAAGACAAUUAUAAUUAGAGUGCUAAAUUUGUUCUGUUGAGCUUGUGUAGGAAUAGUUUAUCUUAAAAUUUACUUAGUUUUGUUUAAAAUUAUUUGUGUAAAAAUACACCACAAUUGUUUCAAAACAAUUGUAAGAGCAAUGCUAUAUUAUUUGAUGGAGUUGUGCUUUAAAAGUGUAAACUUUACAUAGGUCUGUUUUGUAUAAGAACAAAUCAUAGAUUGUGGAUUCUUAUCCCACAUGUUAGUUGCUAAGUUACUUUUAGUUGUGAUCUCAGUCUAGACUUUAUCUUCACUGUCUGUCUUGAGUAUUAUUUCUAAAGUUACAUUUAUUUCUCAUUCAUCACCAUUUCUACAUUAAUUAGUUAGUAAUAAUUGAUUUGUAAGUUUGUAAUUGUAUUUUUUAUUCAUAUAAACAAUUUCAAACAGAGGUGUAAUAAGAGCCUUGAAGAUAAUUUGAGUUUUUGGCUACCAUUGUGCAAACUACAAUUUUUUAAAUAAUAAACACUAGUUCAAUACACGUACACAAAAAAUUGUGUUAUAAGCAUAAUAAAUAUUAAUUGCGCUUGCAUUAACACAAUGUCUUCUAUGUAAUUUUGAAAGUAACACUUAAUUAUGUUUACAUUUAAUUUUUUUAUAAUAUAUUACAUUUGUUAUAGCAUAUAGUUCCAAUUUCAUUUAUUCUGGUGGUGGAUUUGUAUUAAUAAUUCUAUUUUGAACAUCUACUAAUGUCAGUAAAAGAAGCCAAAAAUUUAAUUAUAUAAAAAAGGUUUAUGAUUGUAUACUAAUUUUUAUAAAAACUGCUUUUGUGUGGGUAUAUAUUCUAUUUUUGUUGAAUUUACUUCAAAACAAUAACCCUUUUGCAAAAACUUUUAUUUGGAAUUUUAAAAACAUCUUAAUGUAAAUAGAUAAUAAAUAGAUUUUUUACUUGUCUUGGCGUUAUAGGAAAUUUAAUGGAUUUAUUAGUGGUGUGCGAAGGGUUAACAUCUUGUAGACAAAUUUGUUUAAUAAAUAGAAUAUUGGUGAUUCUUUUGAAGUAUUUUAGGAAAUAUAGUAACAUAAAACCCUAGAACUUUCUCUACAAUACGCAAACAAAAUUCAUCUACAAAUAUUUGCCAAAGUGGUUUUGAUUUUUUUUUACUUCCAACCAAUGCUGCUCUGUCGAGUCCUUUAAAUACAAACUUACUUCUGUUCACUAGACUGUAACUAAUGCAGUAUUUUAGUGUUUGUCCCACCUACUAACAGUUAUUUACUUUAGAACUUUAAGUUGUAAAUAAUUAACCAUUUAUUGCACGGUGUUGUUUCUCUACCAUAGCGUUUGUAUUGUAUUCUCUGCAAUAGACUUGAUUUGCCAUUAAAAUGUCACCAUCCACGAUAGUUUACUCAUUCCUGUUUGAACACUCUUUGAUGUGAACAGCUGAUGCGCCGAGUUGGUGUUUCGUAGUGUGUGGAAAGUUACAAAUUACAAAAUGAAGAGAAAUCGUUUGGAAUGUGGAAGAGCUAAUUGGAGGAAAAUGUUACAGUAGGAAGCAUAUAUACUUUUCGUACCACCUACAUAUUUCAUCUUCCCAGAAACUGUUAAAUAUCUAAAUAGGGUGAAGACGUAUAUUCCAUUGAUGAAUGAAUCAUAAGAGGAAUUUAAAACAAAAUUAAGAGAUUGAAUUGGAGUUUUCUUAUGGGGUUUGAUACUUUGUACAUUAACCUGUGUGAAGAUAAGAAUAACAUGAGUAUAACGGCAUGGAACUAAAGAAAGAGUACACAAGAGACGAUCAGCCACCAAAUGAUACAAGAAACCCUAUGCAAAGUCGGCUCUAGAAAUCUUGUAUGUAGACUAUUCUACAAUUUUCACGAUUCAGGAAUCAUGAGUACGAAUAUAAGCUGUACUUAUACCUCAUAUAUUGUAUUUUUCUCUCAGAUGUACUAAAAUCUGUAUUAAUCAUGUAAUGGUCAUUAAAAAUUUAAAUAUAAUUAUUAUUCCAAUAUUUGAAAAAUUUAAAUACUUUCAUAAUAUCUAUUUCGUAAGAUCUAUUGAGUGAGCAGUAGUAUUUACAAACAUAUCUAAGAAUAUUGUUUUAUUUUUAUACUGUAAGUUUACAAUUAUUCAAAUAUUAAAUAAAUGUUUCUUCUCAAACUAAGCAAUGUUUCAACCACAUGGUGACAAAUAAAGUAGAUCGAACAUGGCAGAAAUAGAUUUUAUGAUAAAUUUUUACUUAAUAAGUAUAAAACAUAAUGCAUAAAGAUAAAAAAGAAUGUCCUUUCCAAACGAUCCCAUAGAGCUACAUAAAUCAAUCCCAAGUUUCAUAUCCCUAAAGUAAGGGCUGUUAUGUCAUUAAAAAUGUGCUUGAAAAAAAAGUAUUUAUUAACAGUAUUGGAUUCUUAAAUUUUUGUUGUUCUCUUAGGACAAGAAGCUUAUAAAUUGUUUUUAGUCAUAUGAGGAUCUUAUCGCUGCUUCCGAGUGACAGGAUAUUCAGGAUGGGUAAGGUUAGAGGUAGGGGCCGCCUCCUAUCAAGAUCCAUGAGGAAGAAUUAGGGCACUAAUCUCAAAGUCAUGUCCCCCCGGAAGAAGGGGAGGCCAGCUCUGAACUAGCCUCUUCAGACAAAAGCAGGUAGGUGGUGGCACACCCUUAUGUCAAGACUGACAAGAACCUUUGACUCUUAGGGAACGAACCACACAAACUCCUACAGUCAUCUCCUGCAGUAGACUAGACCUAUCGAAUUACUCUUGUACCCCAGAAUCUCGACAUUUUUAAAUUCAAGAAGGUGCAAGGUUGAGGCUGUACGGAGUAUCGAACUAAAGGUUCCCAAUGAAAAUUUUGAAUAUUUUUCUUGCUUAGGGCAGCAUUGUUAUAUUUUGUGCAAAGGAGGGUUAUUCUGGGCAACAGUUUUCUGUGUAAUCGAUUUUUAAUCUUCACAGUUUGGUAAGCAUUUCACAGUAUGGUACUUCAGUUAUAAUUUGGAAGUGUCGAUGGCUAAAGUAAGAAGUUGGACUUAGGAUCUGAUUUAGAGAUAGUGCAGGUUUAAAUCCUGUCUGUAAAAAUUGCACUUUUAUCAGUACCAUCAAUCUUGUGCUGUAUCGACUCUUCCCUUUAUUCUGUUAGAUAGGAUCCUUGCAAAGGCCAAUGGCCUAUAAAGACAGGUUCCUUAAAAAUAAAUUGUCGACCCUCAUUUCUUGAAAUUAAUCAAAAUGACAUCCUAAAUUUUAAGCUAACAUCAUAAUCUUUAGGUUCAGACCACGUCAACAGGAUUUAAACUAAAACUGACAAAGUUUCGGUUCAACAUCUGUUGACUGAAGAUAGCUCUCCUCAACGAGGCCGAAAUAUCUUAAGACGUUAAUUGUGUAAGCAAUGUUUUGACGCAGUGUGAACCAGAAGAUUUUGAUGUUAGACAUAGUAUUCAUCCAACAAUCCUGUGAUUUUAUUUUUUGCCUCAUGUAUGGAAAUAAAACUUUUUUACGAAUAUAUGGAAAUAAUAAAAACAACUCCAUUGGCUGUUUAAAUAGCCAGUUAGUGGUUCUACAUGCUUAAAACUGUGUUCAGACCUUUCAAUAUUAAAACACAAGCUGGUUGCCCUUACUUUAGGAAUAUGUUUUGUAUCUUGUAAAGAAAGCCAAUCCCAGUAUUCUUACCAGUUUCCUCCCUCCCCAUUCCCAUCUACUGCGUCCAUACUAAAUCACCAUUAAUGUAUGUAUUUUUAGAUUAUGUAAAUAUCAAUUAAAGUUGUUUCUGAUUUUUAUUUUUUGAUGUAAGAAAAUAUUUUUUAUUUGGUAUUAGGUGCAAAUAUUGGUUUUAUAUUAAUAUAUAAUUUGGUUUGGAUACCUUUAUGUUAUUUGUACAAAUCUGUGGCCAGUAUUGGACAGUUAUGACAUUCUUUCCCAUGUCAAUUUGUAAGAAACCAACACAAUCCACAUGUGGUAAAAUAAUUAGUAGAAUCUACUUAUUACAAUAUUUUGGAUCUCUAAGUAUACAGUGUUACAUAUAAACAUCAUCAAAGACUGUCAGUUGUGACUGGUAUUACUGGACAUCACGAUACGACACGUUAAACAUCGUGACAACUUCAACCAUGGGGCAAUGGAUUAUUACACAAAUUUCACAAAGUAUCAUCAUGAAUCCAGAAUGAAGCCGAAUACCAUUGUGUGAUGAUAAAGUAAUUUUUAUUUUCACUUGGGUUCGCUGAGGAUAAAUAUAAUUCUCUCGGUUGUUGUGAAGACGUUUGGAAAAGUGUAAUGAAGUGAAAUAGUAACUGUAUAAUGGACCAAGGAAAAGUAAACAAAAUAGAAUUGAUGUGUUAAGAAAAUCAAUGUAUUGUUUAGAAUUUACAUUAUUUUAGUGUUAAAAAUGUCAUUAAUUCAAUUUUUCAUUCAUAGAAGUGUUGGAGAAAAAAUACUGAAACUUGAAGUACAAUUUGAUAACGAUCUCAAGGCCACCCGUGUUCGGUUGACAUUCUGAUAAUGUACAAUAGUUUACAUUUCAACUUUUAUGUAAGUGUUAACGAUUUGAAGAGUAUAUUAUAAAUUAUGUGGCAAUGAUAGCGUUGCCUAUGGGUUAUUUACGUUGUGAUAUCAAAAUAAUUUACCGAGAAACAUUGAGACAUAUUACACAUUAUUCAAUCACAAACAAUCUUUUUGUAACAAUCUUAAUGAUAGCAAUAGUAUAAAGUAUUUAACCAAUACCUUUUUUAUUGGUUUUAGCCUAAAAAUCAGAGAAAUUCACUAGCACAAUACUUUUUUAAUAUUAUGUACAGCAUUAAUACUAAUAAGUUAAAAAUAUGAUGUGAACAAGAGUUAGAUUAAGAUGUAUAAGUUAUCUAUGUAUAAACAAAGUCAUUAGUAUUUCUCGUUUUUGUUAAAUUUGGUAAAGGAUACCAGGAUGCAAAAAUAUGAAAGAGCUCUUACACUUAGUAUGUGAGUGUUGUAAAAGAGCUUUUCGAUUAUGUUGAAUAAUUUUGGAUGAAAGGAAUAAGUCUACGAGAUUGUAGAUUGUGUAUCUUCUGAAGCAAUGAAUGGUGCAUGUCUCAAUAAGUGUAUUGUAUGAGCUUUAAUGUAAUGAAACCGGUGUUAGAGUGCACACUCUUCUCUGUAGAGUGCACAGUAAUCUGUAGAGUGGCCUCAGGUCAAUCAGCACAUGUAAAUAGUCAGAUUAUCUUUAUACAGAGAGUUAUAGAUUAGAUGUAGAUUAAAUAUUUGAUUUGUUAUGAAUCCGUAGGUUUUAUCUGUGCAAGUUUAUAAUUUUCAGAUCAUAUUAGAAAAUUAAACACUAAACACAUUCAA